UGGCUGGUAAAAGGGGGAAGAAAAGGCGCUAGGAAGAAAACUGGGAGAAGAAUCCGAAAGCUGAGCAAGAAAAUGGCAGAACGGGUUAACCUGGCAGACACUCUCGAAGAGCUCCUCAACUUCACUCUCCAAUCUUUCGUAAAUGGAACCCUAGAAUUCGAUCUAGGGUUGCCCAAGGACUUCUGCUCUCAACUACUCCAACCCGAACCCGAACCCGAACCAAACGACGACCUCUUCCCCCCUUCCCUCUCCGAUACUACAGAUUGUUUUCAAGGGAUUCCACCGUAUCCUUUAUACAAGUGUCUGGCAUUGGCUUUGCACGAAUCCAUAAUUUCUGGCACCUUUCUUGGCACACGUCACAAUGUGGCCUCGGAUGUUCAGGAAAGUUCCUUGAAAGAAGAAGAAAAUGGAUGGCAGAAGCUGAUAUCGGAGAAGGGAUCUGAAUUAUUUAAUAUGUUAAAGGCUGUUGACUUUGAGCUUCAUGUUCAGGAGCCUUUCUUUUCACAGCUUAAAGAUGGCCUCAAAACAAUUGAAGGAAGGUGUGCUGUUGGUGAUUACUGUAGAAUUGUCUCAGGAUCUUUGAUUCUCUUCAAUAAAUGUCUACUAAUUGAAGUUCAGGAUGUUCGCAGUUAUUCUUUGUUCUCUGAUAUGAUGGAGGCUGAGGGUCUAUCUAAAGUCCUUCCUGGAGUUGAAACCAUUGAACAAGGUGUGCAAGUUUACAGAAAGUUUUACACUGAGGAGGAUGAAAUGUCAAAUGGUGUCCUAGCAAUUAGUGUUUCAAAAUUGCCUCUCCAGCCUUGCAAUUUAUUAGCUGGCAUGCUCUUUGGAUUGAAUAAGGGAGGUCUUCAAGGCCUUCUUGGUCUGGCACAUACCACAGGGACUAUUCCAGAGGCUCUUCCCCCUCCAAGGUCUACUCUUCUGUCAUCGUUUAUGCUGCCAUAUAAAUUGAACGUUGAACAUAGCACAUUGACUCAUGGAGCUAGGGCCCUGGCAAAACAUGCAGAGCGGAGUAGCAGUAAAUAUUGGGGUACUAUAGAUGGAAACGAUUCCAAUAAAAACAUUGCAUUGGAUGUGAUCAGUCGUUUAAUGACACAUUGUUGCUGGUUAAAUGUGCAUAUUGUUCAACCACAUGGCGCCGUCUUUGAAAUCAGGGUUGCUGAAGGAUAUGGUGCACGGUGGUCGAGUGAUGGUAGUAAGUUUAUUGGAUUUCUAGAGCCAUACAUGGAGCACUCAAAGAGAUGGAUGCACUAAAUAGGUUCCUCAGAUGUUGCCUUUAGCAUCCUUGAUUCAGACAAGGCUUCGCGUUCUCAAGUACUAUUCUCCGAUCCCUGUCUUGAUGAAAGUUUGAAACUUGUUCCUCUUUCUUUUCCACACUAAAUUCGCGAUGCACUUGGAAGUACAUUCUAGCAAUUGUUCAUAUGGAUAGGACUAUCGAGAUCUCUCCAGCAACUGCGCCAGCCAUAGGAAUCAUCCACAUAAUAUCUCAGAAUCACCAUCACCUUUUCCGAUUUCUUGCAACGAUCAGAUGCUGUUGUCGUCUUACAGCUCAUUUGGAUGUGCUUUUAAAAUGAUUGAAAGCGUUUUUGAUGAAAAUGUUUUUGGAACCAAUCAUUAGUAAGGAAAAUCACUUAAAGUGUUUCAUGAAAGAAGCACAGAACUCAUGCUUCUUGCAGAAAGAACUUUAAGUGCUUUUGGAAUCAAAAAACAUUUUCUCUAAAAGCACUUUCAGUCAUUUUAAAAGCACAUCCAAACAAGUCCUUAUUUUCCAUGUAUUUUUCUCUGGUGAAUCCACUUUUAUUACUUGCCUAGUUACCCUCUUCACUUGUUUCUGUAGUUUUCUACGUAAGCAUGCUUCCACAUUUUCAUAGAAUUAUUAAUUCGUCUAUAGUAUGCAACGCCGAAAAGAAUGUUACGUGUGAAGAAUAUUUGUAAUAUUAUUUAUUUUAUUUUUUUUGAGCAAGUGAAAUCAAUGAAUCCUUUUGUCUAA